UCUGUGGAUCAUCUCAAAGCUCUUUGCUUUUUGUUGAGAUAGAUCCUUUUCUGGGUUCAAGUUCCUGUCUUUAGCUUCUCCCCAAAAUGGGUUCAUCUGAUCGAUUGUUCAACAGGCAAAGAACUCUUCAUGAGAUCCUUGGAGGUGGUCUGGUUGCAGAUUUAAUACUGUGGAGGCGGAAGAAUCUAACUGUGGGGAUAUUGUUGGUCACACUAGCUGCUUGGGUGGUGUUUGAAAGAUCUGGUUAUACUCUUUUGUCUCUUGUUUCUAAUGUUCUCCUCCUCCUCAUUGUCAUUCUUUUUCUUUGGGCCAAAUCAGCAGCAAUUCUCAAUAGACCUGCUCCACCUCUACCACAGUUGCAUUUGUCAGACGAAAUGGCGAAUGAAGUAGCAGAUUUUAUCCGCACUCGAGUUAAUGAUCUGUUUUCAGUUUCUCAAGACAUUGCCCUUGGUAAGGACUCAAGGAUGUUUCUGAAAGUAGCUGCAUCCCUCUUGUUGAUUUCAGUUGUUGGUGGCUUAACUGAUUUCCUUACCCUGGCAUACACCAGUCUUUUUGUUGUUCUUACUGUACCAGCACUCUAUGAAAGAUAUGAAGAUUGCAUAGAUAGAUAUAUCUUGAAGGGUUACCGCAAAUUAUGCCAAUUGUAUGUGAAAAUAAAUGAGAAAUAUGUUAGCAGAGUCCAAAAUUGGAUUCUGGAGAAGAAAAAGCUGGACUGA